AUGGCCGACGCAGAGUUGGAAGAGAUCAGACGGGCCCGCAUGGCUCAGCUCCAGCAACAGAGCGGUGGUGCACGCGGCGGGCCAGGUGACGGUCAAGAAGAUCAGAGAAAACAAGCUGAAGCCGACCGCCGUGCCUCCAUUCUGAACCAGAUCCUCGAACCGGAAGCCGCCGACCGCCUGGGCCGCAUCCGCCUUGUCAAGGAAUCGCGCGCCAUGGACGUGGAGAACCGCUUGAUCAUGCUCGCGCAGACCGGCCAACUGCGCCAGAAGGUGUCGGAGGACCAGCUGAAGCAGCUGCUCAACGCCAUGGCCGAGAACCAGCGCAAGGACGAGGAGGAGCACAAGAUUGUGAUCUCGCGGCGCAAAGGUGGCUGGGACGACGACGACGAUCUGUUGGACUUGUAG